UGCACUGGCACAGAGCAGAGACACGGCCUGUUUCCAUCCAACGUCUGCACCCUCAGCAGCAACACAGGACCUGUUUUCACUCCACUGCCGAGGAGGAAACCACAAGACCAAGCUCUCCAGGCUUUCUCCAUCAUCCAGGGGGGCAGCUACACAAGGGGGGCCUAACGCUACCAUUUAGGCACCAGCUGCUCCAUCAACUAAAUCCCCCUCCACCUUAACCCAUCCUUUCCAACACCACCACCACCACCACCACUCCUCUCUUGCUCCUCCCUAUGUCCUUGUCCUCAGCGGCUCCUCUCACCUCCCUGGCCAGUAUAUGGAUAGAAGCUCCCUGUUUCAGCUCAUACAAGAGCAGCUGGACCCAGAGAACACCGGUUUCAUCCCAGUGGAGAACUUCACCAGCUUGGUGGAGCACCAUGAGCUGCAGCUGGACCCAUCCAAGCUGGACAUGCUGUUAGCCCUGGUCCAGAGCAAUGAAGAGGGACAGGUGUGCUACCAGGAGCUCAUUGAGUUGAUGAGCAGUAAGCGCUCCAGCAGUUUCCGACGGGCCAUCGCUAAUGGCCGCCGCACACUGCAGAGGGAGAUCCUGCUGGAUGAGACGGGGCUGGGUCUGUACAAACGCUUCGUGCGCUAUGUGGCUUACGAGAUCCUGCCCUGUGAGACAGACCGACGCUGGUAUUUCCACCAGAACCGCCUGUGUCCCCCGCCAGUCUUCAUCGCCAUCGUCACCAUCGUUCAGAUUAUCGUUUUCAUGUGCUACGGUAUCAUGCUGAACAAGUGGGUGCUGCAGACCUAUCAGCCAGACUUCAUGAAGAGCCCUCUGGUCUACCAUCCGGGCCAUCGAGCACAAGUGUGGCGAUUCUUCAGCUACAUGUUCAUGCAUGUUGGUUUGGAGCAGCUGGGGUUCAAUGCUUUAUUGCAGCUGAUGAUCGGCGUUCCCUUGGAGAUGGUCCAUGGCAUCCUACGAAUAAGUCUGCUCUACAUGGCAGGAGUGCUGGCCGGCUCCCUGACAGUGUCCAUCACCGACAUGCGCGCUCCUGUGGUGGGGGGCUCAGGGGGGGUCUACGCUCUGUGCUCAGCGCAUCUGGCCAACGUUGUCAUGAACUGGGCCGGGAUGCGAUGUCCAUACAAGCUGCUCCGCAUGAUCCUGGCACUUGUGUGCAUGAGUUCAGAAGUGGGCCGUGCGGUCUGGCUCCGCUUCUCACCACCCCUGCCCUCCUCGGGACCCCAGCCCAGCUUCAUGGCUCACCUGUCGGGGGCCGUGGUCGGCAUCAGCAUGGGGCUGCUGAUCCUGCGCAGCUAUGAGGAGAGCCUUCAGAAACAGUGCUCCUGGUGGGUCAUCGUCUUCUCCUUCAUCACCUUCCUCCUCUUCGCCAUCUUCUGGAACAUCUUUGCGUACGAGCUGCUGGGGGUGCAGAUACCCCCUCCUCCCUGA